UUUGUCAAUCGCUCGUCGGCUAACGAGUCAAGUAGACACGUUGGGAAAAGCGCUCGACAUGGACUUCGAGAGUGUGUUGGAGAAGUGUGGCAGCUUCGGUCGCUAUCAGUUCGUGUUGCUGGGACUUUAUGGCUAUACGAAUAUGCUAUCGUCACUGCAUUACUUUUCGCAGACCAUCAUCAGUUUCACGCCGCCCCAUACGUGCAAUCCCUCAACUACACCUGAGACUUACGCUUACGCAAAUGGCACAUCGUCGGCCAGGUGCAGUUACAUAGAAUGGGAUCCCGUUCUGCAGCAAGAUCAGGAAAUCAAAUGUCAAUCCUGGAACUUUGAACGCGAAAGUGGCUAUGAAAGCAUCACAACUGAGCUGGAAUGGGUCUGUGACGAUGCGUACAAAUUGGCAGUGGGUCAAUCGUUCUUUUUCAUUGGAUCCGUGCUGGGCACCUUGUUCUUUGGAUAUCUGGCGGAUCGCAUUGGUCGUCUGCCUGCCUGCAUGCUGACGACUCUGACUGGCGCUCUCGGUGACUUUAUUACCUCGUUUGUAAACUCGCUGCCAUUUUUCUCAAUGGGUCGCUUCAUAUCCGGCUUAUCCACCGAUACGCAAUACAUAUUGAUGUACAUCUUAGUCUUCGAGUACCUCAGUCCAAAACGCCGCACUUUGGGCCUGAACAUGGUUAUGGCUGUGUUCUACUGCAUUGGCCUUAUGAUCUCACCGUGGUUGGCGUUUUGGGUUGGCACUUGGCGGAAUUACCUCUGGGUAGCUUCACUGCCUGCCCUCGGAGUGCUCUGCUAUCCUUGCGUGCUCUUCGAGAGCGCUGAGUGGCUUCUGACGAAGCGGCAAUUCGAAAAAGCUGCGCAUUGUCUGCGACGCAUUGCCAAAUUCAAUGGACGGCAAGUGGACGAGUCUGUGUUCGAUCAAUUCAUUAAAUUUUAUCACGAGAAGCUGAACGAAGAACAGAAAACCACAUCGGAUACAUUCAUGGGCAUGCUAAGAACGCCAAGACUGCGAAAAUUUACAAUCAUACUCUUUAUCAAGUCCAUGAUCAUCACGGUGGCCUUUGACAUACUCAGUCGCAAUAUGGAGGGCAUGGGCAUCUCACCCUUCAAGCUCUUCUCUUACACCGGAUUUACAUAUCUACCCGCCGGCAUCACUAUAAUUCUCUUCCAGAACUACAUCGGUCGCAAGGGAAUGGCCUGUGCUUCGCUCUUUGUGGGUGCCAUAAUCACAGCAGCAACUGGUUUCUUGGUGGCCAGUCUUAAUCCGGCUGAACAUGCUGUUAUUCUAGCCUUCAUGGUGGGCUUGGGUCGCUAUGGUGGCGUUGUCGCCUACGAUGCCGAGGCUCAAUAUGCCGCCGAGAUUAUACCGACCAGUGUGCGCGGUCGUGGCAUGUCCAACAUACAUGUUGUGGGUUAUGCCUUUGGCUUCUUCAGUUCGUACAUCAUCUUCCUGGGCACUUACUAUAAGCCGCUGCCUUCGAUCUUCAUUAGUUUGCUAAUGUUUAUAGGUGCCGCCUUAUGUUUGACCUUACCAGAGACACUGCACAAAAAACUACCUCAAACACUGGCGGACGGCGAGGUAUUUGGAAAGGGAGAGUGCUGGUACUACUUUCCCUGCUUCAAGUGUGGCAGGAAGUCGAUAGAGGAAAUGCCAGACGUCGCAGCGAUAGUGUCUAUGGAAAAUUCCCCUACAAAAAUUGUAAAAGAAAAUCCCUAAAAAUAAACAAUUUAAUUUAUUAAA